GAAUCAUGAGCUGCUGUGAUUCGCUGAGUGUAGAAGCUCCUCCCUCUCCAUCUUCCUGACUGGCCCCUUAUAGCUGGGUCCUGCAGCCUCUCCUAUCCUCACACUCCAACCUGCUCCACACACUGACAACAUGCUGGGGACACUUUGCACUCUCAUCACUGUGCUCUCAUGUGUGAGUGGAGCGACAGUGGUAACACAGAAGCCUCCUGUUCUGUCAGUGAGUAAAGGAGGUACGGCCACUAUGGACUGUAACGUUGGGACUGUGACUGAUUGGUCCACUUACUGGUACAAGCAGGUUCCAGGUGGAGUUCCUCAGUUUGUGCUGCGGCUCCAUGAAGCUGAACACUCUCCAAAUCCACUUGGAACCGGUUUCCCAUCCAAUCGCUUCACAACAACCCGUCAGAGUAAUACAGACUCCCAAUUUAUCAUUAAAAAUGUGGAGGCAGGAGACUCAGCAGUGUAUUACUGUAGCACAUGGGACAACUCUGCUAAAGAGGAGGAGUCACACAGCAUCCAUCAGCAUUCACACAUGGAGGAAGUGAGCGGAUCUCUGGCACUUUGCAAUGUCUAUUCUACCGACAUCUGGCCGUUCACACCACACACUGACAACAUGCUGGGGACACUCUGCACUCUCAUCACUGUGCUCUCAUGUGUUGGCAGUCAGACACUGUUGACACAGAAACCUACAUUGCUGAGUUUAACUAACGGACAGACAGCAAGCAUGGACUGUAACAUUGGCCCAGACGAUUCAUAUCAUAUUUACUGGUACAAGCAGGUUCCAGGCAGUGCUCCUCAGUAUGUGUUGUGUUUCUACCACUCUCACAGUUCUCCUAGCUAUGGAGCUGGGUUCUCAUCCAGCCGCUUUACCUCCACAGCCCAGAGUGAAACAGAUUAUCAGUUAAUAAUUACCAAUGUGGAGGCAGGAGACUCAGCAGUGUAUUACUGUGAGAAAUGGGUGAACUCUGUGAGCGAGAGAGUAUCACAGUGAUUCACACCAUGACAAAAACCUCAGCUCAGACCAUCUGCACUUCUGCUUUUAAAGAUAGCUAGAACAUACACUCACUUCUCAUUCUGAUAUACAGACAUGAAGUAAACCUGAACCAGAGCGUUGGUGACAGCAGUUCUCUCCUUCUCUCAGUACCUCUCGUGAGUUGGUCAAACAAACCCGGAAUGUAUUUAUAUAUCAUCAUAAUUUUCGGAUGCACUUUCACGAAAAACAUUUUCAUUAAUAUGAAACAUUUUCAAACAAAUUGCUUUCAUCUGCCAGCCCUUUCCACAGCCAAAUACAGAUUAGGUCAUUUAACCGCAUUCCACGUAAACUAGUCCACACAUCUAAUUAGCUGUUUCUCUAAAUUAUUAUGUGAUUAUAGCAAAUUGUAAAAUUAAUAAAACAAACAAUGCAGAUCUUUGAAACACCAUCAGUAAAAAUGUAAUGUCACUAAUAUGUUUCACAGAAACAAAUUUUUUAAAAUGAAUCUUGAAAAUAAUGUUAAUUAACCAAAGUUACAUCAUCAUGCAUUUAUAUGAUCAAACUAUAUGCCUGUAUAUAUGAUGGUGUCCAAUAUCACACUGAGUUUUGGCAUCAUGCAGUGCUCUCAGUAUAUGACCCCAAAACUUUGUGAAAAACUGAAUGGAUCUAAAUGCAUCUUUCACUGUUGAGCUUCAUUUUGUAUCAAUAGAAAUUAAUAUAAAUAUAUUCCAUGUGUAGUAUGAUAUGGUAGUGUGUGUUCGAAUAAAUAAAGAUAUCUGAUGUUGUACUGAA